AUGGAAUGCUGUAAGUAUAUUUCCCCGCGCGGGAAUGACAGGGUUAGAAGAGGAGGCGAAGGGGAGCGGGAGAAGGGGAGCGGGAUGGAGGGAGGGAGGGAGAGGAAAUGGGUAGCACCAGACGCUGGCUUUAAAGGAGGAGGGGGAGGACAGACACGCGCGGCUAGGAGAAAUCGGUUGCCAGGCUGCGGGGAUAAAUAUCGAGAGGGGACGUGGGCGGAGGGGUUGAGAGGCGUGGGAGAGUGGUGGGAGUUGGGAGAGAAAAAGACGAGGUCGAGGAUCCAAGACGUUGCUGCGAUUUUUCAUCCUGCAAUUCUUUCAGUGAUUUUGCCAAACGAUGGGACCACAGCUGUAGAGCGUAACUAA